AGCAUCGUUCUUCGACCGGCGCAAAACCACCAGCCGUUACGGACUCGAGCGUCCUUUUAUCGUGUGUCUGUUUCUGUGCUCUGAUCUGGUGCGUCUACAAAUAUUCCUCCGAGGAAAUUAUGUUGCAGAAAACUGACUGACUUCUCGAAGAAAAGAAGAAAAAAUCGCGUUAAACCAAAAACCGCUUCAUCGACAACUGUUUGUCAUUAAAUCGGUUUCAUAACAAAUCCUGAAGCACAGCGCAGCAUCCACCCGAUGCUAUGAUGCUUUGAUCGUUUCACAUUAAAUCCUCACGGGCGGCGGUGAAGAUGGUUCGACGGUGAAAUGUGGUGUGCGGCAUGCAGCGCGUGUGUGUUCCUUCCUCCUCGUCUCAUUAGUUGUCCUCUCAAGCUCUCCCCCUCCUCCCGCGCUGGUAGUGUGUCUCGGUGGCCAUCAAUCAGUAUUAUGUUUAAUUAGUGCGAGGACAGCUGUUCGCGUGUUUGUGAACCGAAGCCGAACGAACGUGAUCUAUCUCUCUCGCCGGUUCGCAUCGCAUCCCCAUCGUCCGUUCAUUCGUCCGAUUGAGUCCGCUACGGAUUGGCCACCAUCACCACGACGCUCGCUUGGGCGGCACAACGUCUCCGAGAGUACUCUAAGCUGCUGCUGCUGCUGCUGCUGUUGGUACCACCACUACUGCCCCAGGCCGCUGUGUAGAAAGGGUGCCAAGGGAAGCAAUCGCAUCGUGCAGAACAAACUGGCACCGUAUUGGAGCACGUGUCUUCCUGAUAGGCCUUCCUGAGGUCGGCCGGGAGUGCCGAUAAGCGCAGAUAAACCAUCUUUGUGAGCAGGUGAUCCGAGGUGAUGUCGUCCACCAGUACCUGGAAGUAGCAAAUUGUCGUCUGUACUUCUGUGGAAACCGCAUCUACUGCUGCUGGUUGCGCCCAAGAAAGCCGCCACCCACUGGUGAUGGACACGCCGUACGCCGAUUGCUGACAGCGGACCACACGGUAGCGUCGCGUGCGAGCGUAAUGCGCUCGACGCCGGCGACGACGACGACGUCGACGAGGACGGAUGGCCAGGAGGAGGCAGAGAGAGCGAGGGUAGGCGGCCAGGAUGGUGACGACGAUGGUAGCAGCCGGCGCGAAGAUGACAUAAAUUGGAAAAUGUCAACCCAGCAACAGGUGACACCGGCCGGUUGGGCGACCGAGCGGUCAGCAGCGGUGAUGGUCACCGAAGCGCCAGCAAACGAUGUCGAUGAGGAGCAGCAAACCGGCCACCACCCGUCCGCUGUAGUGGUGGAUGAGCAGAAUAAUCCAAUUAAAUCGUUGCGACGGCAACGGCACUGUGAUAUAACCACUACGAAGAAUAAGAUUGAGAUGGCACCGGCUAGUACGCCGCCACUGCACGCCGCCGAUACGGAGCGCCAUCGUUUACGACGAACAGCGGCGAUCGUACCCGAUGACGAGGAUGACGGUGGUGAUGGCGAUGAAGGGGUGCUGACAACCACUAGCGAACCACAGACGGACGAUUGUGACGUCAGCAGGGGAACGGUAGUCGAUGAUAGCAAUGGCGGCAACCGCGAACCACAAGCGCCACACCGUGAUACGUCCAACAACAAUGGUCACCUGCUGGUGGUGGAUCGGAAGCCAGAUAAAACAGUGAACGCCCGGCGACGGUGGAAGCUUCUUGCCAAAGCACUACGCCAUGAUUCCAGUGAAGACGAUCAGUUCUCCAAGUUCAAUCUGAUCGAAGCAGACCGAGCAGGGGACGAAAAGGAUGAUAAUGUGUACGUGUAUCGGUUGUACGAUCGGUACAGGCUUAAAAUCCGGCUGAUCGGACCGGAGAGACCGUGGACGGCAACGGAGCUGAUUGGAUUCAACAAUACGGGCAACAUCUGCGUAUGGCCAUCGGAGGAAGCGCUCGCGUACUACAUCCUGUCGCAUCUGCCCCUUUUCGAUGGUACGAAGGUGCUCGAGCUCGGUGGCGGUAUGACGUGCUUGGCCGGGCUCGUCCUGGCCAAGUACGGGCAACCGGCGUUCGUCCACGUGACCGACGGCAACGAGCUGUCGGUCGAGAACGUCCGCAAGUCGCUGGUGUUGAACAAGUUCAACUGUACGAUCAAAUCGUCCGUGCUGAAGUGGGAUGGGCGGACGGUACGGGAGUUGACCGGUGGCGAGCGCUAUCAGUUCAUCCUUUCGGCCGACUGUCUGUUCUUCGACGAGUCCCGGUCGCAGUUGAUCGAUACGGUGUGGUUGCUGCUGGCCGAGGAAGGUGUCGCACUGAUAACGGCUCCACGUCGAGGUAACACCUUGAGUUUGUUCCUCAAUGAGUGCGUCGCACGGGGAUUCCACUACGAGCUGCUGCAGUGUUACAAUGAAGCGAUCUGGGCGCGACACCUGGAACUGAAGUUAAUGGACGGCUACGAUGAAAACACUCACUAUCCGCUGCUGGUCAAGAUGUACAAAUACGCACACGGUUCCGUACUGCAUCGGGUGUGACGAUGAAAGUGAC